AUGGCUAAAAAUGGCGGAAAUAAGCCAGAAGGAUAUACAGAAAACAUAGAAGAUAGAUAUAGUAGAUGUGGAUUUCUAAAUACGAUUGAACAUAUAGACAUAUAUGGUAGAAUGAAAAAGAAUUACACAGAAAAAAGAUGGAAUCUAUCCCAUCCAGAAUCUAUAUCAGCUAUUUCGUGCUGUUCGAGCAAGUUUUCAGAACAAAACAACGAUAUAAAAGUAGCGGAGAAAUUGAGCACUUUCUCCAUAACAACAAAAUGCUGUGGCCUGUAUCCAGGAAACGAUAUUUUGUCCAAGAAAACAAAAAAGAAGCAACAGAAAUGUAUAAAUAAUGUGACUUUCGCGAAAGCUAUUGUUAGGUGA